AUGGAUUUUUUACCCUACACUGACAACAAUCUUGAGCAGCAAAUCAUUCAUAAUUAUGUUAUUGUUAGACCACUAGAAAUUUUAUCUUCUUAUUGUUUGUGUCCUCGACAUGGAUUUGUGUCACAUCAUACGCGAGCAAAAACUGAUGUGCGUGUCAUUUCAUUGAUACCAUAUCUAAGGGGAAGUGACUUCGAGAAAAAUCCUAGAAAAAUUAGUUAG